AUGAGCGAGGCUCGACUCCAGUUCAGCGAAAUCUACCUCGCCACGGAGCCGUACUGCAAGGCCACAGGCCAGGUGCGCAUGGGCGCGUCCGGGAUCGGGUGGAAGGCAGCCGAGGGCCAGGCCGAGGCUCUCCAGGGCAUCACGGUGCCUGGGCUCACCCUGCCAGCAGGCAUGCUUGCGCUGCAAAAGGAGGACCUGCGGCGCAUCCAAUGGCAGCGCGUAGCGCGCGGCUACGGGCUGCGGAUCUACACGCGCAGCGGCACCAUGCAUAAGCUGGACGGAUUCACGGCAGACGACUUUGAGCCGCUGCGGGAUGGCAUCAAGAGGCUGUUUCAUGGGCUCACGCUGGAAGUGCGUGACAUUAGUUUGAAGGGCUGGAACUGGGGCAAGACCGACUUUGAGGGCACAAACAUGACCUUCAAAGUGGACAACCGCCCGAUGUUCGACCUGCCAAUGGGCUACGUGUCCAACACAAAUCUGGCGAACAAGAACGAGGUCAGCGUCGAGUUCCAGCCGCCUCGGGGCAGGGCUGCGAAGCGCAAGGCGUCGGACGAGCUGGUGGAGAUCCGCUUCUACGUGCCCGGCACUACGCUUGCAGCAGCAGCCGCGGCCGCGCGCCCAGAGGACGCCGCUGGACAGUCGGACAACGACGAGCAGAGCAACGCCGACGACGAAGUCAGCGCCGCAUCGGUCUUCCACGAUACCAUCAAGGAGCGCGCAGACCUCGGGCAAGUGAGCGGCGACAGCAUUGUGCAGUUCCCCGAGAUCCUCUGCCUGACCCCCCGCGGCCGCUACCACAUCGACAUGUUCUCGCACUUUCUGCGCCUGCGCGGCAAAACCUACGACUACAAGAUCCCGUACGAGAAUGUCCAGCGGCUGUUCCUCGUCAGCAAGCCGGACGAGCUGCACAUGAUGUUCCUCGUCGGCCUCAACCCGCCGAUCCGCCAGGGCCAGACCCGCUACCCGUACCUUGUGCUGCAGUUCGUGCGCGACGAGGAGUCCGCCGUUGACCUUAAUCUCCAGGUCGACGACCAGGCGCGCGCGCUGGAGGGCCGCCUGCGCGCCCACUACGACGAGCCGCUCUACCGCAUUGUCGCCAAUGUGUUCAAGGGUGUGACGGACAAGAAGCUCAUCGAGGGAGGGAACUUCCGCGGAUACCACGGGUCCCAGGGCCUCAAGGCCUCGCUCAAGGCCAGCGAGGGCACCUUGUACCCCCUGGACAAGGGUCUGCUGUUCGCGCCCAAGCCGCCCAUUUAUAUUCCGCACGCGGACAUCCUCAGCGUGGUGUUUUCGCGCGUCGAGGCUUCGAGCUCGAACAAAAUGCGCACCUUUGACCUCAGGAUAAACAUGGUCGGGGCGCCGGAGUACCAGUUUGUCAGCAUUAACCGCGAGGAGCAUGCUGCGCUCGAAGCGUAUGCUGCUGAACAUGGGCUUAAGAUCAUCAGUGAGGCGGCCGGUGGCGGUGCUGGCGGUGCUGGGCUGGGUACGGCGGGUGCGGCGGGGGGCUAUAAGGGGAUGGAUGUGGACUCUGAUCGCGAGAAUGGAGGCGGCUUUGGGAAGCAGCAGCCACAGGAUGAGUCCAGCGAGGAUGAGGACUUUGUUGCGGAAAGCGAGAGUGAUGUGCCGGAGGAGUACGAUGAGAAUUACGAGACCCCCGAGGGCGAGGAUGAUUAA